GAAAUAUUUUUAAGAGCUAUUUUGUGCAUGUUUUAUCUCCAAGAAACUGCCUUCUCCUGUCCCUCUUCUUUUUAUUCUUUACUGUCCUGCAUCAUUACCUGCAAACCCAAAUUAGUAUCUUCAUUUUCCUCUUUAUGUAAUUCAUUAAUAUGCCCCUUAAAUCAGUUUCACUUCUUAAUCAUUUUUAUUCUCUUUAACGUCUUCUUGUAUUUUAUUCCCUAUUGCAAUGAACUGUAGACAUCCAGAUUUAUCCUGUGCGUCCUCGCUUCCUCGCUCAGAGGGGACAGACAGUGAGGCAGGGAGAGAAAGCAGGAGCUGCCCAUAAAUUGCUUUGGAAGAGGAGAGGGGAGAGACAGAGCUGGAGACAGAGCGGAUGCAUUGGCAGGAGCAGAGUUGAGGGUUUCUCUCUCUCCCUCCUGUCUCUCUCUUUUGUUGUGUCGACACAGAUAAAAAUCUGAUGCGCACUGGCAAGGACCACCACCACCACUACCACCUCACUGCAAGCGUCUCAUCCCCUGCCUGUUUGUCUGAGCUGAAUCUAGUGUGGAGCCGGUUGUGCGGCAGGCUAACAGUGGGCUAGCAGGGGGCUGCAAGGCUCUGUGGCAGCCAGAAGAGGAGGAAAAAAAGGAGGAGGGGCUGUGGUGAGCUGGUGGGCUUCCUCUGCCUCACAGACACAUUUUAUUGACUUGCUAAUUGGAUGAGGCACUCGGAGGAGAGGAUGCGGUGACCGAGAGGAGCUGCUUUCCAGAGGAGGGAUACGGGCAAAAAGAAGCAUCGCUUGGGUUGCUUAAACCUGGCUACUUCAUCUCUUUUUUUAAAAAAAAUUCUGGAGACAUAACAACAGAUGUUUUUCAGCAUCUCCCAGUGACCCUCACACCGUGCAUACGUAAUUUUAUGCAUGACAUUGUCGAAUGGAGGCUCCAGCUGCCAGACGCUUCGUGACAAGUGAAUGAUUUCCAUUUUGAUGUUUUUGCACCCUGUUCCCUUUCACCUGUUUUUUUUUCUUGGACUCAUCAGCUGGAGCUCUUUUUUUGGCAGCCUUGUUUGAUGUGCCGUUGGAUAUGAAUGGUAAUCUGAUGGCGAGAUAAAUUCUUCAUCAAUUCUAAUGUAUAAGGGACUGUGCAAUGGAUAUUCUUCAGGAAAAAUGAAGUCUUGCCCCAGUUGCCAUGACUGAGGCGUGCAGGUCUGGCUAGGUCAGAGAGCAGGUGCCACUGUGCUGAAGUCUGCUGUCCCAAUGAGCAAGGCAGGCAACCCACAGAGACGCACCACCUACCUCAUUUCCCUCACUCUGGUGAAGGUUGAGGCUGUGCCAGAGGAUGUAGCAGGGAACCAGAGGGAGGCUCUUCCAGAGGGGGAAGGGAGCCCGAAGAAGGAUGGGGAGGAGGUGAGCAAUGUCCCUGAAAAGGAGGAAGAACCUGUAUGUGUUCAAGUGGAGGAAAAAGAAAACACACAGGCGGGAGAAGAGGUGGAACAGGUGCAGUAUGGCAAGUAUGGCAGCCCUGUCGAUAACUGGGGGAAGCCUGAGAGGAGAGAAACUCAUGGACACCAAAAAGACAUUGUGUCAGUUGGUAAAAGCAAAGACACUUCUUUUGUACAUCCACCUGUUCGGCAAAUGGUCAAAGUGUACGGAGGAACUACAUCGGAGGGAACUGUGCGCAGAGAGGGGCCACGCUCAGACGCCAUGCGCCCUAAGACAGAGAUUUACAGAGAGCCCCCCAUGCUGUUCCUAAAGGGGGAAAAUGGAGCAGACCUGAGCAGCCGAUCACGUUGCAGCCUCCCUUUCUCCAUCCCGCCACAGGUCAACCAGCGUCCCGAAAUCCUGAUGAGGUCACACGCAGGAAGCAACUCUGCAUGCUGGAGGGAACUCAGAGAGGCCAACACAAGCCUGUAUCACUCUGCCAGGACUUUGGAUCGAAGGGAUAACCGUUUUGGGGACCAGUCCCCCUUAAUGGCAGCUACAACUCUGGGGCCUUACAGGGCGUCCUGGGCCGACAGUGACGGCAGGGGCACGCUCAUUCGCCCCGGAGCUCCUGUCAGUGGAGGAUUUUCAGGCAUAAUGACCAGGGACAGCCCUCAGGGGGACAGAUUUAAGACGGUGUCUGUUUCCUUGCCUGCACCUCCUGCCACCGACGUGUCCAGGCCUCAAAGGAAAGGUACAAGUCGUACCCUGGACAACAGCGACCUACAUUCCCCCUCUGAGGAUCUGAAGAAAGGGAAAGAGGGCCAGGGAGGAACAAUCCAGCGUGCCCCUCCCCGCGACCGAAAGAUGCUCAAAUUCAUCAGUGGCAUUUUCACCAAAAGUACAUCAGUGUCAACUAGCGUCAGCACAGCACCUCCCCUCUAUCCAGCUGUAGAGAGGGGCUCAAGUGAAGAGGAAGCUGCGUGCACCAGCAGUCAAGAAUGGACCAUGAGUCAAACCGUACAAGAGCUUCACCUGGGUGUUUUGGGAGGUCUGUGCAGUGGGAAAUCCGCUCUGGUCCACAGACACUUGACAGGAAGUUACCUGCAGCUGGAGAAUGCUGAGGGGCGCCAGUACAUUAAGGACGUCCUGGUUGAUGGACAGAGCCAUCUGAUGAUAAUCAGAGAAGAGACAGAACUCCCAGGUGCUCAGUUUGCAAGUUGGGUGGAUGCAGUUAUCUUGGUCUUCAGUUUGGAAAAUGAAGCCAGCUUCCAGGAAGUUUAUAAAAUCUACCACCAGCUCGCUCUCCACCGGCCUGUUUCUGAGAUACCUUUCAUAGUAGUCGGGACUCAAGAUAAGAUCAGCAGCACCAACCCCAGAGUAAUAGAUGAUGCCAGGGCCAGACAGCUCUGCUCAGAUGUGCGACGCUGCACAUACUACGAAACUUGUGCGACAUAUGGCCUCAACGUGAACAGAGUCUUCACUGAUGCUGCUCAGAAGAUCAUGACAGCCAAGAAGCAAGCUGCUCUACUGGCUUCCUGUAAAUCUCUCCCUAACUCUCCCAGUCACUCUGGAGGCUCCACCCCAGUGUCGGGUGUCUUUCCAGGACAGGCCAGUAAUGGUGGUCAGAGCAGUGAUUACUCCUCAUCACUUCCCUCCACUCCUGUGAUCAGUCAUAAAGAGAUCGGCAAAACAGUGAGAGGGGAAAAGCAGGAUAGUGCCACACCUGGGUCAGUCCGCAGUGCCACCCGGAGACGCACCACCAGAUUUGCGGGUCGGAGAGGCAGUGACUCAAACAGAAGGAGUGCAGACUGUAAGGGAGAUCUGGGCAGUGGACGCUGCAUUCCCAUCAAACAGGGCAUCUUGCUGAAGCGCAGUGGGAACUCGCUCAACAAAGAAUGGAAGAAGAAGUAUGUCACGCUGUCCAACGACGGCAUACUGUCCUAUCACUCCAGUGUCAAUGACUACAUGCUGAAUACCCCUGGGAAGGAGAUGGACCUGUUGCGAGUGACAGUGAAGGUGCCAGGAAAGCGACCACCUCGUGCUGUACCCGCCUGUGGCCUUCCAGCUGGGCUCAACGGGCGUGUCAAAGAUGUGCCAGGACCUGAGGGUGUCAGUCCAGUCCCUGUAAGCGCCAGCAGCCUCCUGCAGGUGGAGGAAAUGGAAGGGCUGGGUGGCGCACUGUUCCUGAGGGGCAACAGAGGCGUGCAGCGAUGUCCCUCUACACUAUCUAACCACGCUCAAAGCGUUGACUCUGCAGUUGAGGGUGUGUCCAGCUCCUCCUCCACCAAAGAUGUAGGCUCCUCCUCUCCGGUGACAGACAGGAAAAAGCAUCGUAGAAAGAAGAGCAUGAACCAGAAAGGAGAUGCAACCAUGGGCCAAGCUGAUGCCAAGCGCAAAAUGUGGAAACUUAAAAGCUUUGGUAGCUUAAGAAACGUAAGCAAGACAGACGAGGACAACUUUGACUUCCUCAUCGUGUCGAGCACCGGCCAGACGUGGCACUUUGAAGCCCAGAGUGUGGAGGAGAGGGACUCCUGGGUCCAAGCCAUUGAGAGCCAGAUCCUGGCCAGCCUGCAGCUGUGCGAGAGCAGCAAAAACAAGGCUCGCAAGAACAGCCAGAGUGAAGCAGUGGUCCUGCAGGCGAUCCGCAACGCCAAGGGCAACAAUUUCUGUGUUGACUGUGAUGCUCCAAAUCCAACCUGGGCCAGUCUGAACCUGGGUGCUCUCAUAUGCAUCGAGUGUUCAGGGAUCCACAGAAACCUGGGGACCCACCUGUCGCGAGUUCGCUCGUUGGACCUUGAUGAUCUGCCACGAGAGCUCACGCUGGUGCUCAGUGCCAUUGGCAACCACAUGGUCAACAGUAUAUGGGAGGCACGCACGCUGGGCCGCCGCAAACCAGCACCUGAUGCUACACGUGAGGAGCGGGAAUCAUGGAUCAGGGCCAAAUAUGAGCAGAAACUGUUUGUGGCACCGUUGCCCCCUCCCACUCCUGGCGAGGGCCCAGACAUCACACUAUCUGGCCGUCUUCUGUUGGCAGUGAUGGAGCACAACCUCCCAAAGCUGCUGCUCCUUUUGGCCCACUGCACUAAGGAGGACAUUAAUGCUCCGCUCAGCCUGGCGCUCUCCUGCAGGUCACUCUUAGCGCUGCGAUUGCCUGGCUCUGCCCUGCAUGCUGCCUGUCAGCAGGCCGAUGUGGUGAUGACGCAGCUCCUUGUUUGGUAUGGCUGUGAUGUUCGGCACCGGGAUGCUCAGGGGCAGACAGCUCUGGUUCUGGCUCGCAAUGCUGGCAGUCAGGAGUGUGUCGACAUCUUACUCCAGCACGGAUGCCCGAAUGAACCAGCCUCCUCCUUCUCUGUCGCCACGACAGUUGGCUUUGCAGCAGCCGCCACACCCAGCUUCCCUGUUGCCAUGGCGCCAAGCCUGACGGUUGCCACGACACUCAAGAUCUCGCACAAGAGCGGCGGCACCAGCUUGAGUUACAGCACCUCCAGAAGAGCAGUGUCAUAAUCGAAAUGUGGUGUGGUACAGUGCGUGUAUGUGUGUGUGUGUGUGCGUGUGUGUCGCUUUGCCCUCAUACUGUCCUGGCCUGCAGGACGGAUGAACACAUUGCCAGAUGUUGCACUCCCCGAGGCUUUAAAGGGUGUGUGAGUGUGUUUGUCAGGGAUGAAAACACACACUGGUGAUAACACAGGCACAUUCUGCUUGAAUGAUUUAACCAAAACGAAAAAGAGAAAUUUUCCUGACUACACUUUCUACGUAAGUUAAAACAAUGUGACAUUACAUCCAGAUGCCUCUGCGUUUGGAUUCAGUAGGAAUGUAUUGCACUGUAUACCAGCUGGUAUUCAUAUUUCAUCAUGCAGUCAAUAUUCAACUUAAUUCACCACUCAGUUAAGAAUGGGAAUUUGCCUUCAGCCUCAAACAGCUUAUCUGAGCAUUAAGGGCCCAGAAGUAAAGAACUGCAAUAAGUUUACGAUUUCAUAGACAGACGUUAACGUUAAACACAUCCACACAUUACUGACAACGAAUGUCACUUUUAAAUUCAGAGUGCAUAUAUACUGUGUUAUGUUCAACACAGCUGGUCGUUCAGUACAUAAAUAAUGUUGUGUAAGUUGAAAAAAAACCACUUUACAGUGGCUAAAAAAAGAGACGCCACUUUAAAAAUAAAAUAACUGUAUAGAAAUGCAUUGAUUAAAAAUAUUAUAAUUCUAAAAAAUUUAAAAGUGCUUCAUUUUCGAGAUUGUUAUUGUAUGAUUUGUACAGUUGGUUCUGUGUAUAAAAACUCAAAGGGUUACUCGUAGCUGUUCAGAAAUUUCCUGUGCAGCCUCCUGGUUUGGUUUUCCUUUAACAACCACCUGAUUAACUCUUUGACAUCCGAGACUGAGAUUUCUAUGUUAUGUUUGUAUCACUGUGUGUGACAUGAACACUGUACAUGACGUGUGCAUUAUGAGCAGCUCAUCAUCAAGGCAAGUGAAAUACUAGACGUGUAAAUGCCUUGAUUUUGAUUGAAUGUAUACAAAAACAAGACGGUUUAAGUUCAUUAUUUCCAACACUAACAUGUUUUCCAAGAUGAUGCAGUGUCGGUGGACUGUUGGGGCGUUUUAUUUUUUAAUUAACUCAUAUUAUUCCUGCUGUGACUAAUAGAAAGUACGGUUUAAUAGAUUAAAACUCAGCAAUGGUUCUGAUCUAUAAAACUGAGCCUAUGAAUGACUAUAAUUAUAUUUGUAAGUGGAUGAAAAUCAACAUGAAAUAGAGGAAUGUUGCCCAAUUUAAUAUGUUAAAAAAAUGGCAUAAAAAACAACCCUCCUGCAGUACUGUAUGUAUUUUUGUGUUAAUCUGAAGACUCCGCUGAGUGUACAUGUCUGUGAUGUAAGCAUCUCUCUCCAUUUGUAUUUUUUUACUCAUGCAAUGAUUCAUAGAGCAUUCAUUAUCAAUACACUAAGGCUACUG